UGACAUGUCUCCAUUGCUGUCAAAUUGAAUGUUUAAAUUGAUGCGUGAUUCUACUUCGCGCUUUGUUAUUUGUCUAGUUCUGUUAUUUCACUUCUGAAUUGUAAAUAUUCUAAGAAAUGAAUUUUGGCAAUCUCAACACGUCUGCCCCGAGCGGGUUUUCAUUCGGCGCACCCAUCACUUCCACAGCAGCUCAAGGCGCAACAUCAUUUGGUAGUACAGGCGGCGGUGAUGCCGGAGCAGCCAAAUUGCCAGAACCUGCGAAACAGCCAGCAAAACUUGGCGGGUUCAGCCUGGGAUCACUACCGGCUGCAACUUCAACGUCUACCCUGACAACUACUUCAACGCCAGCUCCAAUUUCCUUUGGAAGUCAGCCUACUCUCAAGUUGGGAGCUACUACAACCACAGCAGCAGCCACUACAGCGUCGACUACAGAAGCUCCAAAGCCGGCUGGAGCUGUAACAAGCCUCACUAGUGCGACCAAGACGACAGAUUCCACGCCCGCCACUCAGAGUAGUCAGUUGAACUUUUCGCAGUUGGAGGAGUACAUUAACAAGUGGACGUUGGAGCUAGAGGAACAGGAGAAGAACUUUACAAAUCAGGCGACGCAGAUCAAUGCUUGGGACAAACUUCUGAUUGCGAAUAACGAUAAGAUUGUAGCCUUAAAUGAUGCGGUACAAAAGGUCAAAGCUGACCAAACAACUCUCGAGCAGGAGCUCGAAUUCAUUGCGACCCAACACGCGGAGCUCGAAGAGAGCAUUGCUCCCCUCCAGAAGGAGUUCAUGAACAUGCCGCAAGUUGAUAUUGAGCGAACCCAAACGUAUUUAAUGGUGGAAAAUUUGGAUACGCAACUGAAGCAAAUGUCCGAGGAUCUGAAGGAGGUCAUCGACUACUUGAAUGAAGCCAACAAGGUCCAAGAUAACAAUGAUCCGAUUGUACAAAUCGGCAAAAUCCUCAAUGCCCACAUGAGCUCUUUGCAGUGGAUUGAGUCGACUUCGUCGAGUGUGACUCAGCAGUUGGAAGAAAUUUCAAAGAUGCACGACUCUCUCCGCCGUGAUUCCGAGAGGUCGUUUCGGUUAACUUAUUAUGAAUAAAAUGUUAUUUGUCUUUAUAUUAUUUGAAUAAAUUUUGAACUUAAAUGAAA